AUGUUUCAAAAUUGUAAUUUCUUAAUAAUCAAGUCUAAGCAAUUGACCCAGGACAAAGAUAUAUCUCAAUUAUUGUUCGCAAAUAAUGUUGCCAACAUUUAUAUCAAAGAUGACUUUGACAACUCCAAAAACUAUAUGGACCCACCAAAAAUAACUCACAUAAUAUCCAACACAAUUGACUUUAUUGAACAUGAACUAGCUAUAAAAUCAAUGAUUCCUAUAGUGACUCCUUCAUGGGUUUAUGAUUCAAUUAGUAAUCAAAAAAUGCAAAAUAUCAGAACUUAUAAUCCCGACCCAGCUUAUUUUUUCAAAGAUUGUUUCAUAUGUUGUGCUGAUAACUUGCCUCCAGGUGAUAAGGAAUUGAUUUAUGCAGCUGCCCAAGCAUUUGGAGGAGGAUUUUUGGAUAACAUCACCAAGUAUACCACCCAUUUGAUAGCUAUGGACAUAUCUAACGAAAAAUCGAUUUUGGCAUCGAGUAUUAUUCAUGACGACAAUGAUAGUAAUAAUGGAGAUUUACCCAGUAUUAAAAUUGUUUUACCUCAUUGGAUAGAUCAUUGUAUAACAAUGGGGAAAAGAUUGAAUGAGGAGGAUUAUUUGUUGCCCGAUGCAAAAAUAUUACAUGAUGAAUCGAAUGAUGUGUUGAAAAAUGAGAUUUUACCAGAAGUAUUGAAUGAUUCCUUACCAAAAAAUGAAGUUGAUCCUGAAUUGCAAUUUUUCAAAAACAAAAAGUUUUACAUAAAUUCUGAUUUCAAUUUAUCUCAACGGUCGUCUAACGCAUUAAAAUUUGUAAUAGAACGACAUGGUGGUCUGAUCCAAAAAAAGUUUGAUGUUAAUGAAAUUGAUAUCUAUUUGGGGAAAUUUCGACAAGGUGAUACUUAUAAAAAAAGUUGUGCCAGCAAUAGAAUCAUUGUCGGGAAUCUACAAUGGUUAUAUUUUAUAUUGGUGUCUAAGAGUUGGACACUACCUCUACAUUCAAAUAUCUUGUAUUAUCCUCGACCAGCAACACCUCUUAAUGGUUUGGAGGGGUUAAAAAUUUCAAUUACCAAUUACAGCGGAGAAGCUCGGUCCUAUUUGAGCAAGCUAAUCACUACAAUGGGAGGUGUUUUUACCAAAACCUUAACUAAAGAAAAUGAUUAUCUUGUGUGUGGGAAGGCUGAAGGUAGAAAAUUUGAUGCUGCUUUGAACAAAUGGGUGGAUUCCGAAGGUAAUCUGGAAAUCAAAGUUGUAAACCAUUUGUGGUUGGAAGAUUGUUACGUUGAAUGGCGAAAAGUUGAUAGUGGUCUUGACAAGUAUAAAAAUUUUGGUGAUGAUUCAAUUGGAAUGGAACCAUGGGUUGGACGAGCACAUUUGGAUGCAGAAGUUUUGAAACUAUGGUAUGAAGAUGAAGAAAAAUCAGCUAGUGACGGUUCAGCAAACAUUGAUGAUAGUAUGAGUGAAGAUGAAUCCACCCAAAGUCGAAGAGGUGCUACUACUACUACCAAGCAACAAUUGGACAAUUCCCAAGUAUCUGAACUUGUGAACGUAGAAGAAAAGAAUGAUGUCACUCCGUCAUCACUGCAACCAGCAAAACAGCAGGUAUCCCCAAUGUCUGUAACUUCUAAUAAGACCUUAAAAUCAACCACUGAAACCACUCCAGAAUUGAAAUUGCUGCCAGCACAGAAAGAAUUCUCCCCAGAACCUUUAACAUCGCCAAUAGUAGCAACAGCGACGAAUAAUUUUUCCUCGAGAUACGGAGGACGAUCGGCUGCUAAAAAAGCAGCUGCCAAACUUCACGACAAUAUGUCUGAUUUAAUCGCUUAUCAAGAGAUGGCAAAGAGUAGUCGUAAAAUGAAAAGUUAUAUGGAUCAGUUGGAAGGAUCAUUGACGCCUCUGAAAAAAAGGAAGCAUACCGACAAGGAGGAGGGGGAGGAUGAUGAAGAAGAAGAAGAAGAAGAGGAAGUAGAAAAUCUUGAUGAAACUAAAGAACUGAGUCAAUCUGGAAUUCUGAAAGCCAAGAAACCUACACAUUACCACAUUAUUGCAAUAAUGACGGGUUGUGAACAAAUUAUAGAAUUGAAUAAAUCUGAUUUACAAAAAUUACAAGCCAUAGGUAUCAAAAUAGUUAAUGAUGUGGAUAAAAGUUCUUUACUCAAUACAGUGAUUGCGCCCAAAAUAUUACGUACUGAAAAAUUUUUAAGAAGCCUUAGUAAAGUUGAUAAAAUUAUUCAUCCAGAUUAUUUGGUCAAUGUAAUUAAUCAUAUAUCAAAAGGAGAAAACGUUCUUAAGGAAUAUAGAAUUGAUGAUUAUUCCUUAGAUAAAAUCAAUAAAAAUACAAAUUUGGAAUUGGGAUAUCCAACAAGUGUGAAAAUUAAUGGUAUAACGAAAUUACUUUCUCAUGAUAAAAAGGGUAAAUUAUUCCUGGGGAUGAAUUUCAAUUUAUCUAGUAAUUUGAAUGGUGGAAUUGAUGUUAUUUCUCGUAUAUUGAAAGAUCAUGGAAUGAACCAUUAUAAAGAAAUUAAAACUUCAAUUAAUUUGAAUAAAUCAUUAAUUGAAACUGAUUAUAACGGUGGUGAUAAAAAAAUAAUUUUGAUUGUUAAUAAGACAAAAGAUAAUAAAUUGACUAAUAGUUUUAAAAAAUCAAUUAGAUCAGGAAUAAUUUUAGAAUGGGAUUGGUGUGUUAAAUCAAUAUUCAAAAUGGAAUUACAAGAUAUUAAGAAAUUUCAAAUAUGA